AGAGAAUAGUAAGAAUAGAGAGAGAGAGAGAAAUAAAUUUUAUUUGUGGUUUAAUCUGCUCUGUUAUCUUUGGGAGGAUAAAAAACUGUCUUACUUUGCUAAUGUAGCGAUGAUUUUUAUCUGCCAUGAUCAACUUCCCUUCAAAAUGGUUGUGUAAGAUGCAGAUAACCUUUCACAUUUUAAGCAAAGCUAUGAGACCAUUGUCAACAAACCAAGGACCACUUCACUCUGAGGCACUGGAUAAAAAAUAUACCAACCUACUAUUAAGGCUGAAUGAUGAUUUGACAAAAUCUGAUCUUAGAGAUUUGAGAUACCUUUGUCACAUAUCAGCUGGCCAAGCUGAAAGAAUUGAUAGUGGUUUAAAACUAUUUCAGUUGUUCGAGAGCGAAGGGGAUUUGAGCAAGACCAAUAUAUCUGCCUUGUAUGAUUUAUUUGAAGCAAUAUCACGAAAGGAUUUGAUACGAAGACUUGACGAAUACAGGCAUGAACUUCAAAAAAUUGUCGAACAGGAACAAUAUGAAGAGGGACGAAAAGUCCUCCGCACUACUUCAACUUCACCACGUGAACCACCCUCACCAACAAUUGACCGUAAUAGAAAUUCAUCACCCACAUUGAUACCUCCUGCUUACUAUCAAUCAAGUAAAGAACCCUGUGAAAGUUUAGAUCAAUAUGACGACAAUUAUUAUGACAAUGUGGAACUGACAGGUGGCAGAAGUACUAUAUCGGGAUGCGGUUCUUCAAUGCCGUCAUACAGUAGUAUUGACGACGACUAUGAUAAUAUAAGGAAUCAAUUCUCACGUGUUGGGUUUCAAGUUACAGAACAUAUAUCAGAUACGAACAGCAUAGACCCUAGCUCUUCAGCGUAUGCGCUGCCUGCAGGGCCAGAAAUUGAAUGUUACAAGAUGUCCAGCAAGCCAAGGGGAUUAUGCAUAAUUUUAAGCAAUCAAGACUUUUCUCUUGCUCGAAAAAACGGGAUUAUUCUACAGGAUAGACCAGGAACCAGAAAAGAUGAAAUAAAUUUGGAAGAAACUUUUACUAAGCUGCUGUAUACUGUAAAACUAUAUAAAGAUUUGACUGCAAUGGAGCUGUGGAUGACCAUUGAUAAAUAUGCUAGAGAAAAUCAUUCGAAGUAUGACAGCUUUGUUUGUUGUAUUAUGACGCAUGGUUGUUUAAAUGGAGUUUACGGUAUUGAUGGCAAACCUAUUAAACGUGCCGUGGAGAUAAUAUUGAUGUGGGAUAUGAAAGGGACGAGUAUGGGCAAGAUGUGAAAAAGAAUUUUAUGUCUGCAGACAUGGAUGAGUUUCAAAAACACAAGUCCCCAACGGAAUGUGAUUAUUUUGUUGGCCAUGCUACCCCUCCGGGUUAGUAAUAUUUCAUUUGUGCUUGUGUUUUGAAAUGCUGUUAGGUGACUGUCGCUUAAUGGUUCUAUAAUUCUCGCGCGUAGAUAUUUUCCCAGGUCGAAAAAAAAAUUACUUUUCGCCGGUACUAAUUUUUGCGGAUGAUUGUUUGUGAAAACUUAUUAAUUUUCGUGAUUAACCUAAAAUAAUUUUGACAGAAAAGCCUUUUCUUAAUAAAACAUACACUUAUUAUUUUGCCGUCAGCGUUCCAUUUCCUUCUUAGUGUGAAUGAAAUUGCGCUGUUUUUCAAUAACAUAUUUUAUAAGCAAUUGUUAUUUUGUUAAUUUUUUUUGCUGAUUUUAAUUUGCGCGAAUUGUAUUUGAAUAAUAUUUCACAGGUACAUUAUUUCACAAAUUUAAUCAAGAAUCGUGAAAAGCGCGAAAAUUAAUACAUGCAGAAGUUUUGCAAAAAUGUUAAAAAUCGUUUAUUAAGUAUCUUCUCUGGCAAUAUUUUUAUUAUUUAGUAUCCACGAAUCAUUCUGCCGUGACAUUUUGUAUUUUCUCAUGUUUUGAUUUUCUGUGAAAUUCAAGUCACUGUGUUCAUUGUCUUUUUUUUUUGCAAUUACCUUUUCUGAAAGUACGCACUAAAAAUUGGUGUCUUUUCUCGAAACUUUGCAUAUGAAUCUCCAAACAUGAAGAAACAGGUUAUCCGCUGAAGUCAAUCUCGGCAUUAUGCUUAGCAUUGCUCAUGUAUAUUAUAAUACCCGUAUACGUCUGUCUGUCUGUCUGUCUGUCACCCAAAAGGGUAGCUUAUCUGCGCAGGUAGCGAGACGCACGCAAUGCGGUAUAAAAAGGACGGGCGAACCCGUGGAUUUUUCCACGGGCUAACGACUAGUUUUUUUAAUUUCUGAACCUGAAUAUGGUUGUUAGCGUUAUGCUUCUGAAAAAACACAUUGAAAGUGUUUUACACACCUGUUAUAA